GCACUCACCUGCCCGCCCCGCCGCGGACAGGGAGGCGGGCGGCGGGUCGCGGCUUGGAGCCAGAGCCGAUGGCGGCCGCCGACCCGCCGGGCGCCGGGGACCUCUCGGAGCUGGCGGAAAACCUGCUGUAUCAGCUGCAGGAGAAUUUCCAAGCUCUGACUGAAAAGAUAACGCUGAGAAUGGAAGAAAUGGGCGAGCGCAUUGAUGACCUUGAGAAGCAUGUUGCUGACCUGAUGACAGAGGCUGGGAUAGAAAACACCGAUGAAGAGGUCACACAAUGAAAUGAGGAUGUGAUUAAGAAAGACAAAGGGAGAACAGCACUGCUCUGGACCAGGGAGUUCACAAUGAGUGUCACUCGUCAUGAAAAGUGUUAAUGAAAACAAACAUGCUUGCAUCAUGUCACGAUAGUCAUCUCUUAAAAAAAACCAAAACAAACUCAAAAAAAACCAAAACAAACAAAAAACCCGACCAAAAACCAAAACAAAAAAAAACCAAACCAAAAAAACCCCCAAACCCUACUGUCCUGUAGGAAGCUGGGUUUAUUCAUCUAAAUGGGAUGCUGUAUUUCCUGUAAUAAAGAACAAUUAGUUUCAGGGAAGGAUAGAAAGCUAUAUCCUACACAGUGAACUUAUCCAGUCACUGGCUUUUCCAAUGUUUGAAAAUGUAUUUAACAUAUUUCAAUAAUAUUAAAAUUUUCCUAUUUC